AUGGAAAUUUUACGAAUCGCUGUGCGAACUGCACUUGAGCGUGAGUUCGGUUAUAUUAACGAAACUCGUGGAGCAGCACUGGAAAGCAUCGGUGGAGUCAAGGAAAAGCGAAUAUUGACUAAAACAGGCAGAAAUUUCCAGUGGGAUGACUUAUCACUGCCGUACUUGGAUUUCGUCGAAUGUUUUGCCACAGUGAAUAGUGGAGCUGGUAAAAAACAGUGCAACAUUGAACCUGUCCAGCACUGGAUUGCCCAUUUAUGA